AUGGUUCAAUCAUCCGUCUUAGGAUUCCCAAGAAUCGGUGCUAACAGAGAAUUGAAGAAGACCACUGAAGCCUACUGGCAAGGUAAGGUUUCCGUUGAAGAGCUUCUCAAGGUCGGUAAGGAGAUCAGAGCCAACAACUGGAAGCUACAAAAGGAAGCUGGUGUUGAUGUGAUUGCCUCCAACGACUUCUCUUACUACGACCAAGUUCUAGACUUGUCUUUGUUGUUCAACGUCAUCCCAGAACGUUACACCAAGUACAAUUUGGCUCCAAUUGACACUCUUUUCGCCAUGGGUAGAGGUUUGCAAAGAAAGGCUACCGAAACCGAGAAGGCUGUCGAUGUCACUGCUUUGGAGAUGGUUAAGUGGUUUGACUCCAACUACCACUACGUCAGACCAACUUUCUCCCACUCAACUCAAUUCAAGUUGAACGGUCAAAAGCCAGUUGACGAAUUCUUGGAAGCUAAGGCUCUAGGAAUCCAAACUAGACCUGUUUUGGUCGGUCCUGUUUCUUACUUGUUUUUGGGUAAGGCUGACAAGGACUCUCUAGACUUGGAACCAUUGUCUUUGCUAGAGAAGUUGUUGCCAGUUUACGCUGAAAUCUUGAAGAAGCUUGCUGAGGCUGGUGCCACCCAAGUUCAAUUGGAUGAACCAAUCUUGGUUUUGGAUUUGCCAGAAAACGUUCAAGCUGCCUUCAAGACUGCUUACAAAUUCUUGGGUAAGCAAUCUGGCUUGCCAGCUAUCACUUUGGCCACUUACUUCGGUACCGUCGUUCCAAACUUGAACGCCAUCAAGAACUUGCCAGUGGCUGGUUUCCACUUCGACUUUGUCAGAAACCCUGAGCAAUUCGACGAUGUCGUCUCUAUCCUGAACGACAAGCAAACUUUGUCUGUUGGUGUCGUUGAUGGUAGAAACAUCUGGAAGAACGACUUCGCCAAGUCUUCUGCUUUUGUUCAAAAGGCUAUUGAAAAGUUGGGCAAGGACAGAGUUAUUGUUGCCACUUCCUCCUCUUUGUUGCACACUCCAGUCGACUUGGAGAACGAAAAGAAGCUAAACCCAGAAAUUAAGGACUGGUUCUCUUUCGCUACUCAAAAGGUCAAGGAAGUUGUCGUCGUUGCCAAGAACGUUUCUGGUGAAGACGUCUCUGCUGAAUUGGCUGCCAACGCUAAGUCUAUUGCUUCUAGAGCUUCUUCCAACAUCACCAACGACGCCGCCGUCAAGAAGAGAGUUGCUGCAAUUGACGAGAAGAUGGCCACCCGUGCCGCUCCAUUCCCUCAAAGAUUGGAAGAGCAAGAAAAGGUCUUCAACUUGCCUUUGUUCCCAACCACCACCAUUGGUUCUUUCCCUCAAACCAAGGACAUCAGAAUUAACAGAAACAAGUUUGUUAAGGGCACUAUCACCCCAGAACAAUACGAGCAAUUCAUUAACGCUGAAAUUGAAAAGGUCAUCAGAUUCCAAGAAGAAAUUGGCUUGGAUGUCCUAGUCCACGGUGAACCAGAAAGAAACGAUAUGGUUCAAUACUUCGGUGAGCAGAUCAACGGUUACACUUUCACCACCAACGGUUGGGUUCAAUCUUACGGUUCCAGAUACGUUAGACCACCUAUCAUUGUUGGUGACUUGUCUAGACCAAAGGCCAUGUCCGUCAAGGAAUCUGUCUACGCUCAAUCUAUCACUACUAAGCCAGUUAAGGGUAUGUUGACUGGUCCAGUUACUUGUUUGAGAUGGUCUUUCCCAAGAAACGACGUUGACCAAGAAACCCAAGCUUUGCAAUUGGCUUUGGCCUUGAGAGACGAAGUUAACGACUUGGAAGCUGCUGGUAUCAAGGUCAUUCAAGUCGAUGAACCUGCUAUCAGAGAAGGUUUGCCUUUGAGAGCCGGCGCCGAGCGUGCUGCUUACUUGAAGUGGGCUGCUGAGGCUUUCAGAGUUGCUACCUCUGGUGUUAGCAACAAGACUCAAAUUCACUCUCACUUCUGUUACUCUGAUUUGGAUCCUAACCACAUCAAGGCUUUGGAUGCUGAUGUCGUUUCUAUCGAAUUCUCCAAGAAGGACGAUCCAAACUACAUUGCUGAGUUCCAGAACUAUCCAAACCACAUUGGUCUAGGUUUGUUCGACAUUCACUCCCCAAGAGUUCCAUCCACUGAGGAGUUCAUUUCCAAGAUUGAGACUAUCAUGAAGUCCUACCCUGCCGAGAAGUUCUGGGUCAACCCUGACUGUGGUCUAAAGACCAGAGGCUGGGAAGAGACUAGAUUGUCUUUGACUCAUAUGGUUGAGGCUGCUAAGCACUUCCGUGAGGUUUACGCCAAAAAAUAA